AUGUCAAAUCCUGUCCCCUCACUCAUAUCUGACCUGCCUGAAGAACAUGUGGUUUCGCUUCCACAACUGGGCAGACUACAGCUAGAGGCAGACUGGAUUGUCAAAUGGUUUGAGAAGCAUAGCGAUGGAAACCAGUGGAUUGUGGUGCUCGGUCUGUCAACAGCAACGAUUGAGACACUCACAAGCGACCGCGGCGGUCUUGAUCGAGUCGCCUAUCGAUUCCAGUGGGAAGGUACGACCGGCCUCAUCAAGAUCAUUGCCGGAGUAGGGCAUGGAGUCGUUACAGAACAGUUCACUGCGGUAGUUCACGAUCAACUAAGGACUAUGGGCCUCCCCCGUAGAGACUUUGCUUGGUUUCGAUCCACAACUUACCGAUUCGGGACGAAUAAGGGCAAAGAAGCAGACAAGGCGUAUUCGCCCCCAUCUCGUUACGCACGACCGAUUCGAAACGGUGGGUACCCAACACUCGUUAUUGAAACAGGUGUGUCGAAAUCGCUUGGCCAACUUCGUCAAAAUGCACGGAAAUGGUUUGCGGAUUCCGGAGGUGACGUUCGAAUCGUCGUUCUCAUCCAUAUGAGACAUAAAUUUGUCUCCUUCGAGAAGUGGCAGUUGGCCCCGAGCGAGGCUUCCCGUCCGCUAACUCAGAGUCAUAUCGAUACCCUCUGCUCACACACCCCCAACAUUCCGCCGCUGAUCAGACAGCCGGCACAACUUCAGCAAGCUUAUUGUGCCCAUCAAGUUGAUAUCACCGCGAGCACUGCUGCGGGAAUGCCGAAUGCUGUAACUGGGGCUCCUAUGGUCCUUCCCUUCAUUGCAAUCCAGGAUCGUCCCCCAGGUCCAGGAGAGGGGAACAUUGUGAUAGGGCCACAAGCAUUCGAUGAGAUGACAUACUUGUUACUCUGA